GAUGCCUUCCGGGUGACCUCGUGGUCUGUGUGCAGCUCAUGGAAGACAUCAUGAUUGGGAAGCACGACGUGGUGCUUUGGGGAGUGGUCAUGGGCCAGGCGACGGCGAGCUUCGAAACACGUAUGGGACAUGCCUCCAUCGCAAAGGUGACGAAGCAAGCUGAGGCACCUGUGCCUCAGGCUACCCCAGUGGAGGCCCCUGUGGAUGGAAGCGACCACGAGGCAGAGCUACCCAGUGCUGCAGUGGGUGGUCGAGUUCGUGAGCGAGCGCGACUGCUUGCAGAAGCCGCAUCGUCGGAGGUUGCGACGUUCAUAUCAACUCUGGUCCAUGACCACCAGGAUGCAGCGAAACUCAACAAGGUGUUGUUGGAGCACACAGCAGUUCAAAAACCUUUGUCCAAUGACACCCGGCUGGUGCUGCACUGGGAUUGGGCAAAAGAAGCCGAAGCCGUGCUGCUCUGUUUCGACAGUGGAAAUGCGACCUCCAACUCGGAGAUGCGCAAAGGGAAGAAAAUGUAUGAGACGGUGACCCUGCACCUGUUGCCCAGCCAGCACGACUUGAAAAAGCGCGCGAACUAUCGCCUUGCGGCAGGCGGCAGCAAGCGCCGACGCACCACUGCCGACAACAUCGGGUGCCUUGCGAAGAUAUGUGGCAUGGAGACGGCCUUGUUUUGCCAUCAUCCGGACCACGCGCCAGCAGCCAAGAUGGAAGAUUCCAGUAUGGGAUGGCUGCCCAUUCCUUUGCUGGACCCGGAGAACUUGGAAAUGGUUCCCAUGACCUUCAAGCAGUCGGUGCUGCGUGUACCGUCCAAGACCUCGAAUGCUUAUGAGAAGAAUCCCCUCCCUGCAGAGCUGGACCCCACGGAAGAAGUUCUGAAGGAGAAGCUCCAGGGCAUGGUUGCUCGAAUGAUGGACGAUCCGGGCAAUGAACGAUUCUUCGUCAGCAAUGCCACUCUCGGCAUUGAGGAGGAGCAUUCGGAGACCGAGGACAACGGCAUUGGUGCAG